AUGAAUUACCAAGUAACUGUUUCAGGUGAUCCAGAACUUGCACAAGAAAGUGUUGAUUUCGUAUCAAGUGGAUUUGGUAAUAUGUCAAUGAAUGUAAAUACCACCUCAAGUCAUCAUCAUCAUCAUAGCAAUAGUGGUAAUGCUGAAGUUUCAUUCAAUGGUGGAUUUGGUAUGCCAAAUAUGACUAUGGAAGUCAAAGAAACUCAUAGUGGUCACCAUCACCACCAUAGUAAUGGUGGUAAUGCAGAAAUCUCAAUUAACAGUGGAUUUGGUAUGCCAUCUAUGACAAUGUCAGUCACAGAUAGUAAUAGUGGUCAUCAUCACCAUCACCAUAAAGAAAGUGCAUCAGUUAAUUUAUCAUUAGGUGGUAUUGUUGGAGCAGUUGUUGGUGCAGUUACUGGUGGUGUUAUGAUUGAUGGUCGUAAUCGUAUUUGGGUGCAAUUGAAUCAAUCAUCAUAUGUCGGUGGUGAUAUCAUUAGUGGUACAAUUGAAAUGGACUGUAUAGUGCCAUUCUUUGCCAAAGGUGUCAUUGUCAAAGUUAAAGGUUUUGAAAGAUUAUGGCUUCAAGAACUUCGUACUGAAACUGAAGGUGAGGGCUCAAACAAACGUACAGUUUAUAAAACCAUUGAUCAUAAAGAAAAUAAAGAAUUUUUCAAAUCAACAAUUGUUGUUUAUCCACAAGCAGGUACAGUUAAUUGUGGACAUUAUAGUUUCCCAUUUUCAUAUCAAUUACCAUCAGAUUUACCAGGCACAUUUUGUCAUGAUGGUAAGGAUGCAAUGGGAGCAUAUUCAGCAAAGAUUUUAUAUAAAUGUAAAGCAACCGUUGAUGUUGCACAUAAACACGAUUUGAAAUCAACUACUAAAUUAAUUAUCAAUGAGAAAUGUGGUGAAUUGGUUCAACCAAGUUUUGCAGAGAAUAAGAAAUCAUUCAUGUUGACCAAAGGUAAAUUGCAUGUAAAGACAUGGUUGAAUAAGAAUGCCUAUUUCCCAGGCGAGACAUUGGUUGCCAAAAUGAAGGCAAACAAUACCUCAAUUAAACCAACUAGAAAGAUCUCAUUGGUGGUACACCAUACAAUGCAAUUGAAGACACGUCUUUAUCAUCGUUGUAUCACCAAUGCAAUUUAUAAACAGCAAUACGACGGCUUCCAACCAUGCUUCUAUGGCAAGCGUUAUCUCCCAUUCUCAAUACCAGUGGAUUUGAAACCAUCAUCUUCCUUGGGUAAACAUAUCACAAGUAGCUAUCUAUUGGAGUUGGAGUGCGAUAUCCCAAUGGCAAUCGAUUUAUCUGUAACCUUGCCAUUGACCUUAUUCGCCCCACAAUUCCUCUACAGCACUGUACCAUCUCAACCACCAGGUACUCCAUUACCACCUGAUGUCUCAUAUCGUCAUCCAUGGGAAGGUGAUGAACAUGCUACCGCUUGUCGUAAAUGUAAUAAAGGAUUUAGUUUGUUUGCUCGUAAACAUCAUUGUCGUCAUUGUAUGAAGAUUUUCUGUGAUAAAUGUACCUCAACCAAAACUACAAUCACUAAAUUAGCUUAUCCAAAACCAGUUCGUGUUUGUGAAGAAUGUUAUCCAAUCGCAACUCAAGGUGGUAACAAAUAUCAAUCAGCUAAAUUAAUGGCUGCUCAAUAUCAAGCAAGUUUAAAUGCUUAUUAUGCUCAAUAUGCUUCUUUAUAUCCACAAAUUUAUCCAGAUCAACAACAACAACAACAACAACCAUCUGCUCCACCACAACAAUAUUAA